GCUUCUGCUUGAUUUAUGUACAAAUGCUUUUUUCCUAAUUGGAAAGGUUAUGUAGUACUGCUGCGGCAAUUUUCCCCAUUUAUAGCCCCUCUUCUAAACCCCAACAACCUACCACCCAAGCCGCCGCCGACGCCGCUUGCAUCCGCCACCAUGCAAUCCUCUUUCUUACUAUCCCCAGCACCACUACCUCACUCUCCCCUCAAAACCCACUUUCCCCCAUAUGCACCCUACCUCAAAACUACCCCCGCCUUCACCAUCCGUUCCUCCUCCACCACCACCACAUCGCCUGCUGCACCACCAAACCAAAGCUCCACCGCUACUAAACUCAACAAAUACAGCUCAAGAAUCACAGAACCCAAGUCUCAGGGGGGCUCACAGGCCAUUCUUUACGGCGUGGGUCUCUCUGAUGAUGACAUGCAUAAGCCCCAAGUGGGCAUUUCCUCAGUGUGGUAUGAGGGGAAUACUUGUAAUAUGCAUUUGUUGAAGCUUGCUGAGGCGGUUAGGGAAGGUGUUAGAGAUGCUGGAAUGGUGGGAUUCAGAUUCAACACCAUUGGUGUUAGUGAUGCUAUUUCAAUGGGGACCAGAGGCAUGUGCUAUAGUUUGCAGUCAAGAGAUUUGAUUGCUGAUAGCAUUGAGACUGUCAUGGCUGCCCAGUGGUAUGAUGGGAAUAUUUCCAUCCCUGGUUGUGACAAAAAUAUGCCAGGCACCAUUAUGGCAAUGGGACGACUUAACCGGCCGAGUAUCAUGGUUUACGGUGGAACUAUUAAGCCUGGUCAUUUUGGAGGUCACACAUAUGACAUUAUAUCUGCCUUCCAGGUUUAUGGAGAGUACGUGAGUGGUUCAAUCAGUGACGAAGAAAGAAUAAAUGUAGUUCGUAACUCAUGUCCAGGAGCAGGGGCAUGUGGUGGAAUGUAUACUGCAAAUACUAUGGCUUCUGCUAUUGAGACAAUGGGAAUGUCUCUUCCCUACAGUUCUUCUACGCCUGCUGAAGACCCUUUGAAACUGGAUGAGUGCCGCCUUGCCGGGAAGCAUCUGCAAGAUUUAAUUAAGAUGGACUUGAAACCUCGAGACAUUAUCACUCCAAAAUCCCUACACAACGCAAUGGUUAUGGUCAUGGCACUUGGUGGUUCUACCAAUGCUGUUUUACAUUUAAUUGCCAUUGCAAGGUCUGUUGGUUUGCAGUUAACGCUGGAUGAUUUCCAAAAGGUCAGCGAUAAGGUUCCAUUCCUUGCAGAUCUUAAGCCUAGUGGCAAAUAUGUAAUGGAGGACAUACACAAGAUUGGAGGUACUCCUGCAAUCAUUAGGUAUUUAUUGGAGCUUGGGUUUUUAGAUGGAGAUUGUAUUACAGUUACGGGACAGACAUUGGCCGAGAAUGCCAAACUAUAUCCAUCCUUGCCUGAAGGUCAGCAAAUCAUAAGACCAUUGACGAACCCCAUUAAGGAAACGGGACACAUUCAGAUCUUAUACGGAAAUCUUGCACCAGAGGGUUCUGUGGCAAAGAUCACGGGGAAAGAAGGGUUAUAUUUCUCAGGCCCCGCACUUGUCUUUGAAGGAGAAGAAUCCAUGAUUGCAGCUAUCUCAGAAAAUCCUCAGAGUUUUAAGGGAAAAGUUGUUGUUAUUAGAGGAGAGGGGCCCAAAGGGGGACCAGGCAUGCCUGAAAUGCUGACCCCAACCAGUGCAAUAAUGGGGGCAGGUCUUGGAAAGGAGGUUGCUUUGCUGACUGAUGGACGAUUUUCUGGAGGCUCACAUGGAUAUGUCGUAGGCCACAUAUGCCCUGAGGCACAGGAAGGUGGUCCAAUUGGUCUUGUUGAAAAUGAAGAUAUAAUUACCAUAGAUAUUGAGAAGAGAAGAAUGGAUGUGCAUUUAACAGACGAGGAACUGCAGGAGCGCAGAAAGAAAUGGACUCCCCCACCCUAUAAGGCUGAACGAGGUGUUCUUUACAAGUACAUCAAGAGCGUUCAAGCAGCUUCAAAGGGAUGUGUAACCGAUGAAUAGUAGAGAUGGGUUGGUAGGAAGGCAUAGAGCAACACCAACCGUAGUACUUGGGGCAUAUUUCUUGCGGCUGAUUAGAGUAUCCGAGUUUAUGCUCGAUUUUCCAGUACGAUUAAAUUCAGUGUAUCCUAUUCUCUUAGAAUUCGUGGUUGUAUGUCUAGUCUUUUCCCAUCCUUCAUUUGGUUGUUUAUUGAAUUAUAUGGGAAUUUCCUUGAAUAUUGUGGUGUUAAACAGAUUUUUCUGAGCAUAAGAAAUGAGGACAUGGAUCUUCAACUUAUGUGUAUUGAAAUAAUAGAGCCCAGUUAAACACUCAAA